AUGAUUACAGUUUAUGGUGGGAAGACUCAGCCUGAAAAAACAGAGGUCGUCUCCCUCCUGGCCGCUGUUGGGCGCCGUGCCAGCGGUGCGAGUACCGUAAUCGCUGGGCGGUACCAUGCGCCCUUUAUAUUCAGGUGUGCAGCGGUGGAGCUUCCUGUCCUCCGCUCCCUGCUUGCUUCCGUGGUGGCUGUGGUUUGGCAUGACGGCGUUGGUGGACGCAGCCGUUCUCUGGUGUAUCCAGCUGUUGUGAUUGCCGUCAAGGCAUGCUGUCUGAAUACCGUGGCUGAGUGCUGGGGUGAAUUCCCCGGGGUGAAGCGGGGAUCUGCUGGAGCCCUGCUGGGCAUAGGAUCACAGGCUCGCUCUGGGUGUGUGUGGGUGUGUGUGAGCCGUAUUCUUGUGGCUCACACCCUCCAGUUGCCAGUUGUUUGCGGCGGCUUGGAGCGGACUUCUCAGCCCAGCAGGGCUGAGUGCCGUCUGCGUCCACUCCGUGCAGAGGCUGGUUGUGUUGCUGCUGUGUCAGAACUUGUACAGCUGCAAGGGCUACUUCAGUUGAUGGUGUUUUGUUUUCUUUGUUAUUUGGAAAUUAAUUCAGGUGCUGUGGCUUACUGUGGCAGUUAUUUCCUGCUGGUGGUGUCUUCUUCACGGUCCCCCCUUUCUUUUGGUUUUGUGUGUGUAUUAUUUGCAGUGUCACGGGUGAUUCAUUUGAGGAUUCCUCUCCCCUUUGUGGUUGUCCUGCCGCAGGGUAAACCCCAGCCUGGGUUUUUUUUUUUAUUCCUUGUUGCCCAUUCUUUCUUUUAGUUAGUAUAUGUUAACUGGUGUGUGACAUUAUUUCCUUCCUCACAAAUUGUUAAUAAACAUUGUUAAAUUUGAA